AUGUUAAAGUUUAUGAUAACUGUGACUGUGUUCCAACAAUUAAUGCUGCAAACGGAAUGUUUUUAUCCCGGUGAUAACUGCUUUAGACAAGGAAAACAUGGUGUCUGCUUACCAGUGCCGCAGUGCAAGAACAUUGACAAUGAGAUCCGAAGAGCAGGCAAUCCUGUUCCUAUUUACAUGAGAAAUAAACUUCAGAGUCUCGCAUGUGGUUUUCAUUAUGACGUACCUAUGAUAUGUUGCUUUUCGAUAGCAGAAUCAGACUAUGACAUACACCUUCAUCGGGUAACUGCAAACUCGGGAUACCCAGCUCAUAGCGGGGAAAAUUUUAAUUUCGUUGGAGCAGAAGAGCAUGAACAUGACUACGACAACCAUAACGACAACGUAGAAUGUACCCCAAGAAUAACAUUAAGUAACAAGAGUGGGCCAAAUUCUGUUGAAGCACAUCCAAACCUUGGAAUGUUACCGAAACAAUGUGGGUCUAUUGAAAGCGAUCGAAUAAUUGGAGGCAAUCGAACAAAGCUUUUUGAAAUGCCGUGGAUGGUGCUACUUUCAUAUGAUACAAGUCGUGGGAUAAAGUUAAAAUGUGGUGGUACAAUUAUCAACAAGUGGUACGUCCUGACUGCAGCACACUGCGUUUCUUAUCUAAGUAGCAGAAUGAGACUGGAUGGCGUGAUAAUUGGAGAGUAUGAUGUCAGAGGAGAUCCAGACUGCGAGAUAUCAGAUGACGGAGAAUAUUGUGCUCCUAGCGUAAUUAACGCUACUAUAGACACAAUAAUAGCCCAUCCUGGGUAUACACCCCAAACUUUAGCUGAUGAUAUUGCUCUGAUAAGACUUUCAGAGGCGUUGGACUUUUCUCCAGACAGUCGCAAACCAAUUUGCCUGCCAAUAACGCGCGAACUCCAAAGUCGGUCAAUGGCGGGGCUAAAUGGUGUAGUAGCAGGAUGGGGCGUCACAGAAGAUGGCUUGCAAUCGCCUGUACUGCUUAGUGUAGAAUUGCCUAUCCUAACACAAAGGGCAUGUCAGGAUGCAUAUAAUGGAACAAUUCGUAUAAGCGAGAAGCAACUAUGCGCUGGUGGAAUCAAAAACAAAGACUCCUGUGGCGGAGACUCCGGUGGUCCUCUUCUGUAUCCUGGGCAGUACAGUCGAUAUGGACUCCGAUAUAUCCAGCACGGAAUCGUGUCUUUCGGCUCCAAGCGGUGUGGUACUGCUGGGUUCCCUGGAGUAUACACCAACGUAGCGUAUUAUAUGGACUGGAUAUUGGACAAUAUGCGUAGCUGA